GCGCCGUUAUUUAGUUAGUUGAGUUGUGCCAUUUCUGCAGACUCCAAUUGUAAUUUUUCGUUCCUUGGUUAACUUAAAAAUGCGCACUUUAUUUAUACUGCUGUUCUGUUGGCAAAUUCUGCUUGUACAAUUUGAGCAUACAGCUGCUUUUACAGUGCGGCAAAAUGAUUUAAAAGUCGCAGAACAGGAGCAUAGUCAUGCAAAUGGCGAUGAAGUCGCCAAAAGCGGAUUACUCAAAAAGUGUAAAGUCUGCACAGAUGUUAAAUGUGUGCCACAAAUUCAAUGUCCUGCCCAUGUCCGAAUGCAGGGACACGAAAAGCCGCAGAUUUGUGAUUUACCCGCUGGAAAGUUUGGCUAUUGCUGUCGAACGGGCCAAAAUCAUACAGCAGGAGGAGAACGGGAGAAGAGUAAGGAACGCAGUGCGUCCUUUCCAUCGAUCUUGCCGGCAGAGGUACUGGAGGAGGCACGUCAGAGCUUUCAGCAUUUGAUGCAUGGAGUUGCCCACCAAAUGCAAGUGCAUCGUGGAAAUCCAGAUUUCAUCCAUGGCAUUGUUUUUCACUCGACACCUAGCGAGGAUUUCCACAGCUUUGCGGUGUCGAACAAUGCCCUGGAGCAGGUGAUCACGACUCAAGUGUUUGGCAAGAAGGAGCAGGUGCCACUCGAUGAUUUCAUUACCAACAAUGUGCAUGUGAAGUUCUCAAAGACACCGCUAGCUCAUCAUUGUCAUCCUCCACCAAUUUGUCGUAAUAUUCACAAUUAUCGGAGCAUUGAUGGCACGUGCAACAAUCCGAUGCCACAACGUUCACAUUGGGGAGCUGCUGGCCAGCCAAUGGAGCGACUGUUGCCACCGGCCUAUGAAGAUGGCAUUUGGACUCCUCGCGCUCAUGCCUCGGACGGUACUCCUCUAACCAGCGCCCGUGAGAUCUCACGCAUUCUAUUUGAGGAUGUCCAUCGACCUCAUCCCAAGUACAAUCAAUUGACCAUGCAAUUUGGCCAAUUGUUGGCUCAUGAUAUUUCCCAGUCGGCUUCAGUGCGUCUCGAUGAAAAGGGAGGAUUGGUUCAGUGCUGCUCGCCGGUCGGCAAAAGUGUACUGCCCAAAGAGAACUCCCACUUCGCCUGCCUCCCAAUACCGGUAUCUGAGAACGAUGAGUUUUACAGUGCCUUCGGAGUGCGUUGCUUGAACCUGGUUCGACUUUCCCUAGUCCCCAGUCCCGACUGCCAGCUGAGCUAUGGCAAGCAACGGAGCAAAGUUACACAUUUUAUCGAUGCCUCGCCCACAUACGGAUCCCAUGAGGAUGCGGCACGUGACUUGCGUACUUUCCAUGGAGGGCAAUUGAAAAUGUUUAAUGAGUUUGGUCGAGAAUUGUUGCCUCUGACGAAUGACAAGAGCGCCUGUGGGAGCAGCGAUUCCAGCAAAACGUGCUUCAAAUCCGGCGAUGGUCGCACCAAUCAAAUUAUCUCACUCAUCACACUACAAAUUGUUUUUGCUCGCGAGCAUAAUCGUAUUGCCAAGAUUCUGGCUGAACUGAAUCCGGUGGCAUCCGAUGAAUGGCUAUAUCAAGAGGCUCGCCGCAUUGUGAUUGCCGAGCUGCAACACAUCACCUACAAUGAAUAUUUGCCAGCAGUAAUUGGGCCACAUCAGAUGAAACGCUUCCGUUUGGUGCCACGCAAUAAGGAUUACUCAACCGACUACAACGUGGAUGUGAAUCCUGCCAUCACAAAUGAAUUCUCUGGAGCUGCUUUUCGCAUGGGUCAUUCUAGUGUCGGCGGCAAGUUUCACAUACGGGAUGAAAUUAUAAAUAUUCCGGAUGUUAUGUUUAAUCCAUCUCGUAUGCGAAAGCAUGAAUUCUACGAUGAUAUGCUGAACACACUCUUCUCACAGCCCAUGCAGCAGGUGGACAGUUCCAUUACACACGGUCUCAGUAGAUUUCUGUUUCGUGGUGACAAUGCGUUUGGCUUGGAUUUAGCUGCAUUGAAUAUACAACGGGGUCGAGAUCAGGGUCUGCGCAGUUAUAACGACUACCUCGAUUUAAUGGGUGCUCCAAAGCUGCGGAAUUUUGAUCAGUUCCCAAAGGAAAUUGGUAAAAAACUUGCCUGGGUUUAUAAAUCGCCAGAUGAUAUUGAUUUAUGGGUUGGCGGUCUGUUGGAAAACGCUGUGAAGGAUGGAUUUGUAGGGGUAACAUUUGCUGAAAUUAUUGCCGAUCAAUUUGCACGCUUUAAGCACGGAGAUCGUUACUUUUAUGAAUACAAUGAUAUGGUUAAUCCAACUGCAUUUAAACCGGAACAACUUCAGGAGGUGCGAAAGGUUACCAUGGCACGUUUAAUCUGCGACAAUGCCGAUCAUUUAACACUACAUAAAGUGCCAGUAGCCGCUUUCGUACGUGCUGAUUUUCCAGGUAACAAGAUGAUACAUUGCGAUGAUCCGAGUCUUCCUGCAGUAAAUCUUAAUGCGUGGGCAGUUAAAUAAAUUUUCUAAUUCAUUAUAAUAAUAGUCAAUAAUUUAUUACAUAAAAUGAAUAAAUUUGCAUACCGCAUAGAACUCUUAAUACGA